UGUGCUCUGAGUUUCACGGAAGUGAUAAAAUCAAUUAUGAUAACGAUAAAGUUAUAGUGAAUCAUUUUUAAAAAAUAGAUAAAGUACUAGCGUGAUAUAUAUAAAUUACUUAAAUCUUAAAUUGUAAUGUGUUGUGUUUAACAGUGUUAAACUAAGACGUAACUGUCUCAAUGUGUUAUUUUUAUUUACUUAAUACUAGUGUUGUGUAUCCUGUAAAUUUUCCAUCAGAUCUUUUGCCGCGUCAAGUUAGAAGACGAUUUAUCUUCGAUUCUUCUAUAGAAAUUACUAUUAAAGACUGAAAAAUGUUUUGGUCUAUUAUACUGGCAUUAGUAUUGUUGGGGCUUAUAUGGACAGUGAUCAGAGAGGGGCAUCCUUUAGACAAGUUGCCAGGGCCAAAGAGACCCGUGGUGGGUUCGAUCCUCGAAUUUAUAGGCUCUAACCCUCGCAAGUUGUUUGAACUACAGAGAAAAUUUGCUAAGUUCUACGGGGAUCGAUACGUCGUCAGAAUUUUGAAAAGAAGAAUACUACACGUUCAUAACCCUAACGAUAUUGAGGUAAUACUAUCUCACUCCAAGAACAUAUCCAAAAGCCUAGCCUACUCGUUUCUGGAACCAUGGCUGGGAACGGGCCUGCUUUUGAGCACAGGUAGAAAAUGGCACAGUCGCCGCAAGAUCCUCACGCCGACGUUCCAUUUCAACAUCUUGAAGAAUUUCACUCCAGUCUUGGAAGAGAAGAGCACCAACCUCGUGCGCUACCUGCGACAGGCCGGCAGGAGGGAACACGACCUCUUUCCUCUCAUUAGUGACGUCACUCUCUACGCCAUAUGCGAGACGGCAAUGGGAACUCAAUUAGACCAGGACAAAUCGACAGCCUCUGUGGAAUACAAACAAGCCAUACUCCAAAUGGGUACUCUUCUAGUCGAACGAGUUACGAAGUUCUGGCUCCAUAACGACUUCAUUUUCCAACGCACAGCAAUAUUCCAAAAGUACGAUAAAAUACUGAACAAAGUACAUUCUUUCGCCGAUGAAGUAAUUUUGGAAAGAAAAAAGCAAAGGACGCAGAAUGGUGCGUGUGAUGAGACAGAAGAUGCAGUGGGAAAGAAGAAACGGAUGGCAAUGCUGGAUCUCUUGUUAGAAGCUGAGAGUAAAGGGGAGAUAGACUUAGCGGGGAUUAGAGAAGAAGUCAACACUUUUAUGUUUGAGGGUCACGACACAACAGCCACAGCCCUCACAUUUGGUCUGAUGCUCCUCGCUGACCAUGAAGAAGUUCAGGAACGAGUACGUGAAGAAAUUGAGAGGGUGGUGGGGUCUCGUGUACCGACCAUGACGGACCUGGGAGAGCUGAAAUACCUGGAGGCGGUCAUCAAAGAGACCUUACGGUUGUACCCCAGCGUCCCCUUCAUCGCGAGGACGAUUACCGAGGACUUCAUGCUGGGAGAUAUUAUGGUACCGAAGAACUCUGAAGUGGCGGUACAUAUUUACGAUGUCCAUCGCAGGCCUGAGAUAUACCCUGAACCCGACGUCUUUAAACCUGAGAGAUUCCUGAACGGAACCACGCGACAUAACUAUGCUUAUGUGCCCUUCAGUGCAGGACCCAGGAAUUGUAUAGGUCAACGUUUUGCCAUGUUGGAGAUGAAGAGUAUACUGUGCGAAGUCUGUCGCAACUUCAAGCUGCUUCCUCGUACCAAGGGUUGGAGACCAGCUCUCGUUUCCGACCUGGUCUUACGGUCCACUGACCACAUAUACGUCACCUUCGAGCCAAGAACCUCUGAGCUGUGAACAACAACAAAAAAAACAAUGAAAUUAAAUCUUAAGUCUUUCUA